AUGGCUUCUCCUCCAGAGCAGGUUGUGUGUACACCUACCUUUGUUUUUCAAGCGGCUUUUCCGGCAUGCACAGAACAAUUACUGAUGAGUAGUGUAAUCCCCUCAACCCUCUCAGAAUACAAAGAUAGUCACCCAUACAUCAGACAAGGUUUUGACCCUCGUUCACAUCUGUCGAAUUUUCACCCCAACACUGGAACCACAACCACUUCAACUACACCAUUACAACCACAAGAUGAUGUUCAGAAGCCAAAGACUUCUAAUAGUGGAAACCGUACUUCAAGUGUUAAAACACACACAUUUUUGGGUAAUAAUGAUUAUGGCACAAGUAGUCGAAACUUACUCGUUGCUGCUACUGGUAUUUCUACAACUUCUGCUUUUCCUGGAGUAGAUCCAACCAAAAUGGUUUCUGCUGCAGCAGCUCAGGCAGCAGCAAUAGUUGCUACUGUAGAGAAACAGGAAGAUGUGAAAGACAGGCUUUGGCCCUGUCCAGCAUGUAAAGUCCCUUUCAAGACAGCCUACGAACUUCAGGCCCAUCUCUCCCAUCACACCAAAGGUGAGAGAACAGUUCCUUGUGAAGUCUGUGGUAAGUUGUUUGUUUCAGCAGAAAGAGUUCGAGUUCACAUGCGUUCAGCUCAUGGAGAAAAGUCGUGUUCCUGUGAAAUUUGUGGCAGCGGUUUUAGUUACCGAUGUAAAUUAAUGGACCAUAUGCGGACCCACACUGGGGACAAACCAUUCCACUGCGAUGUUUGCGGAAAGAGCUUUUCUCAGAAGAAUCACCUAACUCGUCACUCCAUGAUCCACACAGGAGAACGUCCCUACCCUUGUGACUUUUGUGGACGAGGUUUCUACAGGAAGGACAAGCUGUCUCGGCACAGACGUAUUCACACAGGGAAUUUGGGAAUUCAUGCACCAUCAAUGCAAGUAGGAAAGAACUGUUCCUGUGAAAUCUGUGGCAAUGGUUUCAGCUACCGUUGCAAGCUACUGGACCACAUGAGGACCCACACUGGAGACAAACCAUUCCAUUGUGAUAUUUGUGGAAAGGGAUUUUCCCAGAAGAACCAUCUUACUCGCCACUCCAUGAUCCAUACUGGAGAACGUCCCUACCCAUGCGACUUUUGUGGGCGAAGUUUCUACAGGAAGGACAAGCUCUCCCGGCACAGGCGCAUUCACACAGCUCCCACAGGUUCUGGGAAACAGCAACGGGGUGUGGGACCUAAUAGCAAUGUAAGCAUUCCCAAUACCAUUGGUUUCAGUGUGCCCACCAGCACUCCAAGCACCAAUACAAAGGUCUCCCAACCAAGCAACAACAGUAACCCUGGAGAGCUUACCCUGCAGCCUGCUUCCAAUCCUUUCAAACCUGAAUGGCAAAGUCCUUCACCAGGAGUUCUUUAAGAAGGUUAAUCAUAUUAUGGCAGCAGUGACUAAAAAGAAGCAAAAGCAGGCUCGAAUUACUCGAAUUUCGUUUUUUCUUUCAGUCUAAUACUGAAUAAGACACAAUGUAAAAACCAUGGGUAAUAACUAUACAAACAAUUUUAUUAGUCCGGUAAAGCUGAGACUGCACUUUACUGUAUGGAAAUUGUGUAUGAAUACAAAAAUAUUCACUUGUGUCUUUUGUAUCGGUACUUAGUAGAAGUAUCACUUGUUUUUCUCAAAGACAAUACAUUUUCAACCAGCUAAACUCCAGUGUAUAUGUAUGAAAAUUUGAAAGUAAAAUUUGGGAAGAUUAAAUAUAUAACUGUUGUCAGCCUUGAAACUUGUGACCCAAACUGAUGUGUGUGUGUAUAUAUAUAUAUAUAUAUAUUAAUUAGUAAGGUGGUUUCAUGAACUUCAAUUAUUUUAUUCCUGUUAUGCCAGUGCUGUUUAUUUAUAAUUUUUAUGCACUUUAAUAAUGUUAUUGUUGCUGUUUUAAUGUAGCAUUUUGUAUGACUACCCCAUGCUUUUAAAGUUGAAAAUGAGUCAAGUUUUUCAUUUUUAAAACUAUACCAACUCUGAGCACAGAACAGCUAUAUUCCUCAUGGGUCUGCCCAAGAGAUUUGCAUGCACUUGCCUUGAGCUAACUACCACCUAAUUUCACUUGUUUAAUGUGAACUGCAACAAUAGCCCUUCACCAAUAUGAAUGCAACACAACCUCCAUGUGCAGUAUCUUCCCCCCUAAGCAUUUGCACUCAAGAUAAUAUCAUUCUUUUUCAUGACAUUACAUUGAACAGACAUUAAUUUUUCUCAUUUAUGCUCAAUUUACUGAGAUUUGCAAUCACAAAUGAAACUUUAUUUUUCAUUUUACAUAAGCUUUUGUUUCAAAAGCAUUGAAUUUUUCAUGAAUUCUUAAGUGACAGUGACUUCUACUUUAUCCUGUGAAAGUGCUGAAGUUAUUAUGGUUUCUGGAGGCUUGUUAAGGGCAUUACAACCAUUUUACAGUGUCUUGUGAGAUCCCUCAUGUAUAUUAGGCCUCCUCCUCAUUCAGCCAACAUCUCUUCUUCUCAGUUUCAGAAUGACCAGGAAGAAGACAAAUUUGAUCUACUGGUCCCUCCACCUGGUUUUGCUUUGGGUGCAGCCUUACCAGUCGAUGGCAAUCCUCCACCUUCCACUCUGUUUCAGGAUAUGAUGUCCCAAGUAUGUUCCUUUCUUUCUCUUUCCUCGUGUCUUAUGAUUCUUCCCAUUCUUUGCUUCAUGAAACUAAUAUUCAGGACUAUUUCCUCCCUUAUCUGAUAUUAGGGUUCAUGUUGAUUCUUUUCUUGGUCAACUUUGCAUCCAUGCCCACAUGCCUCAUCCUCCUUGUCUUCUUGAUUAUUUUAUUCUGGCUUACAACCAUUCUUCCUUUCCUUUUUUUAGAUUCCAAAUCUUUAGAAUCUCUUUUGCCUGCUCGGGGAGCAUGUUCCUUGUUUUCUGUUUCACUUUCUAGUGCCCAAUUUUCACAGCAUUGUUUUUUUCUCACUACCAUCCUAAGUUACCUCUCCUUCCUAUACUUUAUGUCUCAGGUGCUUCAUCAUGCUUCAGAGGGUUUUUCUGGUGAGAUUUGUUCCCUUCUCUUUACCACUGGCCCAUACAACUUCUGCUCUGUCUGUGGUUACUUGGCUCCUCUGCUGUUGGGACUUGAUGGGUUGGGAUACACUCCUUACUUAUGUAUGGCUACAUACAUUUUAUUUGUGUGAUCUUAGUCAGGCUCUCUUUCUUUGCCCAGACACCUUUGGUGGUCUUCCUGAUUAACUGGAGACCUGGGCUGAAGCAGCUUAUCAUCAAUCCUCUUAUUUUCCUGGUUUCUUGUCUUUUCAACUGGAUCAGUCUGCCCCUACCCUUCCAAUUCCACCUUCCAGACCUUCCUCUUCUUCCCAUUCUCUUCUCCAGGUCUUCUCAAUGCACAUUCUUUUCAAGUGGAGCAUGGGAGAUCCUUGUCACUUACCAGUUCCUAGCCACUGAGGUGGUGGACUUUGGAGAAUUCCUCCGUUUUGGGGUUUAGUACAAUACAGUUCAUUUGCCCUCCUCCUGCAGUCAGUCUGUCCAGUAAAGGUGAGGUAAGCACCCAUGAUACUGUUUGACCACACCCUUAACCAAAUUACACCUAUUGGUUUGCUGACUACUUGUGUGCAGGUGCUUGGUUGGCUAUGUUCAAAUUCUGCCCAUUCCUGUGACACUUUGGGCUUUUUUGCCUCUUUCACCCUUUACAUUCCUGACAAAGAGUAUACCCUGCUCAAUACAAGAUGUGGUUGGGAUCCCAUGGCUGCAACCCUAUAGAACCCCCUGCCAUCAGAUGUCACACUCCAUGGGUUUUCAGUUUGGGCACUUUCUAAAGGGAGCUCAUCUAGAUUUAACUUUUGCACAGGCCCCUCCACUAACUUAUUGUGGGAUUCUAGCUUUUCUGUGUAUAGAAGUGAGGUAUUGUCUCUGAAGUUAGCAUUUCCCUAAUCUGAAAAGGUAUUUCUAAUUGAUACCUCUUCACACAUUCCUACCUGACCUCCCCACUUCUGAUACACCUUUUUGUCUUGCCUUGUCUAAGAAUGGAGUUAUCUCGAGUGCAAAUGCUUAGGUGGAGUUACUGUGUAUGGAGGGUGUAUCACCAUUCCUAUUGGUGAAGGGCUAUUGUUGCAUGAUGUCAUCAUCUUGCACCACUGCCCAUCAUAUUAAACAUGUGAACUUAGGUGGAAGUUAGCUCAAGACUAGUGGCAUACAAAUCUCUUAAGUAGACACAUGAUAAAUAUAGCUGUUUUGUGUGAAAGGUAUCUAUCACAAAUACAUUUUCAGAUUAGGAAAAUGUUAACUUUCACUUUUUUCUUUCAAAUAUUUGCACAAUAUCAAAGAAUAACUCUUGAUAUUUAAAAAUACCCUUACAUAUUUAAAAUUUGUUAUUUGGUGGAAUCUAAGUUUAAAUGUUAAAUAAGUUAAAAUUCUAUUGUUUUCAGGUUGUUGUUUUCACUUAAGAUAUAGGUACAGAGAUACUAGUAUUUAAAGAUAAUUUAUGGUUAUGUAAAAUAAAAGUUAUAAGAAACUUUACUCCUUGUGCUAUUAGUUGCUAAAUACUGUACUUAUCAUAAAUUCUACUAGUUAUAGCAUCAUUGUUUUUAAUUUUAAAAAAUACAUAUAUAUACUAACCAGUUUGAAACAUAACAGAAAAGAAAGACAACAAUUAGGUUUUCUUUUCUUAAGUCCAUUUGUUAUUAUUAUUUUACCCUUAUAACUGAAGAUGUUUAUAGUGUUAGAAGUCUCAGUAUAAAGGUUGCUCAACUUUAUCCUUAAACUCCUUGUUUCGAAAUAUCAACUACACUCUUGAACAAACAAUACUUUUAUCUGAUUACAAUGCUUGCUUCUUUCCCUCCGUUUGUUCAAUGGUAAGCAUAAGGGCUUAUAAUCUAAUAAUGCUAAAAUCUUUGAAUGGGCAUAGCACAGAUAGCCCAUUGUACAGCUUUGCGUUUAACAACAAACAAAAGCCUGCAUUCUUUUUCUUCCUUUGGUCUUUUUGCAUAUAAAUAUAUAAGUACAUAAUGAUUAGCUCUUAAGAUUGAAAGAUAGCUACAAUUUGUGAUAUUACUCUUCAAGUACUUCCAGCUGAAGUAAUAUUACAAGGUUUCAGUAGCUUACUUACUGUAUAUGUACUGGAAAAAGAUAAGUAUAAUUUUUUAAGUUUCGAAAACCACUAAAUUAGUAGUACGCUAGGACCCAGCGAUAAUAUGAUCCACAGGGUCCAUAUCGUGAGACCAUGUUAUAAUGAAGUCCUUUCAAAAGCCCCAAGCCAAUAGCCAGAAUAAGGCAGAACUACAGAUAAACAGAUUUAAAUGGCCUCAUAAACAGAUAAACCAUCUGAUCUGAUGUAAACAAACAGACUUCUGGUAACAAAAUGAAAACAAUCGAUUGAAAUAAAUUUUAUUUCUUUUGGUAAUAACAAUGAAUAUACAUGUACAAUCAGACUAUUUAAAUCCACAGACAGUCAUUUCUCAUUUAUACAGAUUACACAAAAAUAUUUUGAGAGCAAACAAUUGACAAAAUUGUAGUUCAUUUAUGAAUGAUAUAGUAGAUUUUUUGUUGGCUUUCAAUCAUCUCGGUGAUUCUUCUAGGUAGUGAAUGAUUUUGUGGCAGUGGCUCAGUCUCAUCAUCAUCAUCAGCUAACUGGUCAUCUUAAAGAUUUGGAUCUGUUACACUGGCCAAUAUCUCAUCAUCUGUCAUUCUUACUGUCCACCAUUUUCUUGAUCAGUUCUCUUCUGUAUUUAUGUUUGAAGGUCUACAUGAUGCCUUGGUCAAGGGGUUGAGAUUUAAGAGUUGUGUUUCUCGACAGACACCUUUGAUGUUUCCAUCUUGUGUUACCAGGGGGUGGGUGUACAGGACAGUUGUCAAGUAGCAAGAUGGCUUUCUUCGGUAGUUUGUUCUGUCUGAGAUAUUUUCUGACAUUUGGCAUGAAUUCUUGAUGAAACAAGUUUUCAAAAAUUGAUCAAGUCAUCCAGGCUUUGGUACUAUUUGAGUAUUGGCAUGGUAAUGAUUUUUGGCUCAGAUGAUGGAAGCAGCAUGAUUUGGCAAAUUUUCCAAUGAUGAAUGGAGUCAGCUUGUGUCUACCAGUUUUCUUGCAGCAAACGAGGACUGUCAACCUUGUCUUUAUCUGUUUAAGUUUAAACAUUUUGUUUGUCACUUCUUGUUACUAAUGUCUUCUCUGGUAACAUUUUAUAGUAUAGGUGUGUCUCAUCCAGUUUGUCAAUAACCUUCUGGAAUUCAGUGGGAAGUGAUGUUGCAGCUAGAUCAUCUGCAGACCUUCGUUCUCCUCAUAUGGUAACUUGUGAAAUGCCGUGCCAGUUCUUGAAUCUUACUAACCAUCCUGUGCUGUUUCAAACUGUACUGAGAUGCUAGUAUUUUCCUUCAUUUGUUGGCAAAUCUUCUGAGCCUGAAGAUACAGGUACACCUUUGGCUUUCUGCUGAGUGAACCAUGUGUAUAUGACUGUUGAGAGGUGUGUUGUCAGCAGUACUGGCUUUCUUGGCCAUUUUCAUCCAUUUCAAUCGACACUCUUCUCAACUUCUCUUCAUUUUUAAGACACCUUCAAAGCAUUGAUUCAGCAAUUCCCAUUCUUUUUUAAAUGGAUGCUUGAGUAGCACCUUCCUUGAUGUGGCCAAUGAUUUUCAGCUUCUCGGCAGUGAUAUAGGAUCUUCUCUUUCGUGAUUCAGUAGACAUUAUUUUAUGUUGAUUGUUUUGUGGGUAUCAGUACAAGUAUAGAUGACCCUAUUCUAAAUUUGACCUGUAUCUAUACAGAGAAAAAUUGUGCUCAGUUAUGCUGGGGAAAUCUCAUAGGCUAAACCCCUUAAUUAACCACAAAGCUACCAUCUAAUUGGCUGAUCAAAAAUCUAAAUAUGUGUUUUAUUAUCAAAAAAUAAUUAUUGAAAUAACAAUAAAGGCAUAACAGAUAAUCCAGCAGUUAAUAAAGAACACAGUUUUGUGAAUACUAAAUAUCAUAUUUAAUUAAAUUCAUAUUUUCAUAUAAAAUGUAACCUGAAUUGAAAAAGUUUGACAAUAAAGUUUCAUUUUGUUGAAUUGCUUGUGGGUGGCAAUGAGUAUUAUCUGGCAGAAGUGUGUCAUUCGUGGAGCAUUUAUACUUCAACAAUGUUUGACACUCACAAAAAAGACUGGAAAUACAUUCUACAAAAAAGUAGAUUUAAAAGAAGAUGUUGGGGUCCAAGACAGGUCUUCAUGAUACCACGUUUCUCACUAUAGUGGACUGUUAUAGCAGGGCCUAUUGUAUUUAAAAAAAAAAGUAUGAUAGACUAGAAAAAACAGAUUAAAUCUUUCCAGCUGAGUUUGAACACAGACUCUUGUUCCUUCUAUGUCAAAGCAUUUUGUUCUAAUUUCUACAAUUCCUAGCCACAGUAUUUUAAUCAUUGAAGCUAUGGGUUUGUUUUUAGUUUUUUUUUAAUCAAAGUAUAUGAAUGUUUUACAUAUUUAAGGGUUUAUAAAUUUAGCUCAUAAA